AUGACGAUGGCGAAGACGGGGGAGCUGUUUAGCAAGUUUGAGUGGUUUCCCGUGGCCGAGGCGGUCGGAGUGGCCGGCCUUGCGGCGGCGGUGGUGGUCGGCGGCGGAGGUGGACCGUUCGACGGCGAGGCCGCGGCGGUGGCGAGCAGGCUGGCGGCGACUGCUGUGGUGUUCUAUCUUGUAUCGUGCGCGUACUUUGCACACAAGGACUUGACCGAUGUGUGGAAGGAUCAUCGGCUUUAUCGGCCUGGCGAGGCGACGCAUCGGACGGGUGCGGACUACGUGCGGUUCCUUGGGUACACGCUCCGCGACCUGGUGGUGGUCCUCCCUGUAGCGCUGUACGGCCUGAUGGUGAGCGGAUGGAUCGACUAUCCGGGGCUGAUGCGGCCGAUGAGCGAGGUCUCGUGGGGCUACGAGGUGGUGGUGUGCGUGGUGCAGUACUGCGUGCAAAAGGCGUACAAUGCGGGCAUCCACUACAUGCUCCACGCGCCGCAGCUGUACAAGCACCUGCACAAGCGGCAUCACACCAUGCCGCGCGAUCUGGUGGCGACGGCGGCGUGGAAGGAGACGCUGGUAGAGUAUCUGCUGAUGGAGCUGCUGGGAAACUUUGUCAUCGGCCCCAUGAUCUUCCGUAUGCACUGGCUCACGCUGGCGGCCUCGUUUGCCUACUUCAACAUCGUCAACUACUCUGAGUUUGAGACCUUUGACAUCCUGCUCGGCACAAAGUACGAGCCCAAGCCCAAGGUUGCUGCGGGCGCGCAGACCGAGGCUGUGCAGACCAGCGCUGUGCAGACCAGCGCUGUGCAGACGAGCGGUACCAAGACCCACACUGAGAGAUGUCAGGUUGCCGGUUAA